CUAUGUCAUCAAAUACUUCAGCUGUGUUUUGACCCCUGGACAACGAUGGACACGCAGCGUCCUGCUAAAUUUAACCACAUUCUUGUGGGUUCACCCUGACCCCUGUUCUCAUGUAAGGCUCGUGUGCUUAGACUUCUCCCUCAGUUCCUUCAGCAGCGGGCGCUUGGCUGAAACGUUAGCGGCUCUCUCUGUCGCUGCUAUGCCGGACGGCUCGUUCUGACGGCUCGUGCGGCUCACACGAACGCGGGUUGGUGGGGGUGGGAGAGCAGCGGCACGAUGGCGCAGGAGAACAAGUUCCUAACCAUCCCCAUGCAGGAGGGCCUUUUCGCGGCGGUGAGGAGGGAGCGAAGCGCGGAGAUGGGCGUAGACGACGAGGACGACAACAGCGACGAUGAAGAGGAGGAGGACGUGCGCCUCAUCCCGCGCUGCUCUCCCGUGCCCAGGAAGCGCGGCCACUCGCUGGCCGACGAGACGGCUGAAUAUAUGCGCAUUCGCCUCGCGCUGCCCAGGCGCAGCGUUUCCUUCGCGGAUGCGUGCGGAGGCGAUCUGGUGGACGUGCGACAGUUCGUCCCCUUCGACUCGGACGAUGAGGAGGAAGGGGGCAACAACGCGCGCUGGGAGGAGGAGGAGGCCAAGUACCAGAAAGCGUACCGCCAGCCUACGUACCGUGUGCGCCCGGACUUCGAGCCGCUCUCCGGGGGCGACCUGGUGCAAGCCGUGCGCGCCAGCAAGGUGGAGGUGGAGGGCGUGAGGCCCGUGCCAGGUGAGUCGCUCUCCUUCGACAGCCUCAUCCGCGUGCUCAACGUCUCCUUCCAGAAGUCCGUGUACGUGCGCUCCACGAUGGAUGGGUGGAUCACCUACUUCGAUAACCCGGCCGAGUAUGUGCACGGCUCUAACGACGACGAGACGGACGUCUUCUGCGUCAGGCUGUCGUUCGCCGAGCCUUACCUGUUCGACGGAGCACGGAUCGACUUCGUCGUGCGCUACGGGACGGCCCACGGGGAGUUCUGGGCGAAUAACUUGGGAAGGAAUUACUCGGUUACUCUGCAAGUCUCUUAUGAGGAGGAUGCAGGGCAAGCCAGCAAGGUGGAAGAUGUGGAGCUUAGAGGCAUCCUGAAGCCUUCUAGGUACAGAAUGGAGGACUACAACUAUGACUUUCAGGACAAGGACGAAGGAGACGUGGCUGGUACAGAAGAAGAGGCAGCUGUGGUGGCUCCUGCCGCUGUGUGUCCGCUCGUCAUUGAACCUGAGAUCGACAUCGAGGUUGUUGAGGCAUUGCCCGUUUCCCCCUCUAAUACCAGACAAGACCCCACUUCAGCAGAAUGUGCUCUGCCAAGUGUUAAAGAUUCCUCUGGUGAGCAUCCUCUACAGGACUCAGUUGCGGUUCCAUCAGAAACAGAUCAUCCAGAAACUGUUGUCCAAGCAACUGAGUCACUAUUACCCACUGAGCACCUGACUGUGUCCAUUCAGCAACCUAAGGAGAUGCAGCUUGAAGUCCCAGAAAAAUACCUAUCAUCUCACUCUGACACACCCCACAUUAUUGACACAGUGGUAGAUGAAGGUGAUAUUGAGGUUUCUACCAAAUCUGACAAAUUCUUUUCCCCAAAUCAAGAUGAUCCCCAGUCAGAGAGUUCAGUCCAAGUGCCUUUUGACUCAGACAUGACCUCAUCAGCUAUAUAUCCAAGCCUCCAAUAUGUGAGAGAAGAGGAAUCAGAGGAUUUGAAAGUGGAGGGAAAACCUGAAGAAGAAAUCAAGCCAGACAUAGUUGAGAUUGAGACUCCAAUGCAAGAUCAAGCAGUUGAUCAAAUGGAGGUUAAUGCGACUGAAAGACCUUUGCAAGUACUGCAAGAGACAGGAUGGCAAAGUUCCCUCAAGGAGAUGAAUGUUGGCAGUGAAAGUCAAGAGGGGGGAGAUCUCAACCAUUGCGUAAGUCCAGAUGCAAAGAAGCCAGGCUCAGAGAGUCCAUCAGUGAAGGAACCUGAAAUGUACCCAGCAAUAUAUGAUGCAACAGUCAGAAGUGAAACUAGCAGGGAGAACGAAGCAGGAUUGAUGGUGGAGAGUACCCAGGCAGGUGGAGAGGAAGUAUCAGGCAUCAGACCUACAUGUACACAGCAUCCAUAUGGAGUCACCCACCAAGGGCCAAUAGGAGAGGACAUAGUGACCCUUAGUCUUUCGCUUACAUCUGACCCUGAGGUAUCCGUACAUCAACAAAGACAAGGGUCUGUGCUGAAGGAGUUGCCUGCUGUUCUUUGUGUGGAUGUAGACACUCCAUCUGCCUCUGCGAGAACACUUCUCAAAGAGGGUGGCCCAGUCCUGACAUCUAUUUCCAAAACUGACACAUCCCCAGAAUCUACCAGUGUGGAAGCAGUGUCACCUGAAGACAAGGACAGAGACUUUUGCUCAACAGAGGAUGAAGUGAUAACUCAUAAAGAGUUUGAAGAAGAGUUUGAACUGUUCCAUGAUGACCCUACUCCCCUUCAGACCCAAGAGAGCCUUGAAAGCCAGCUUUUGUCUAGUAAGACCUUAGCAGUCACAUCUGCCCAGCCUGAGGUGGUGCUAGGCCAGACUCUGAUCCCAGCCAUUGUCGUCCUCUGUACUGCUGUCUGCCUGGUUGUUGGGUUCCAGGAACCCAGCGUGUUCCUUGUCUUGGGACUGUUCCUAGUCUCCCUCUGUUUCUGAUUGCCUGUGUUUUUAUUUAGUCAUAUCCUUCUCCAUCUCCCCAGUGCCUUUUUUCUGAAUUCCAAAAGUUUUUCUGCAAGCAGAUCUGGUUUCAUAUUAGAGUGUGUGGUGUUUACAUAGGACACAUAAUAGGAUAUAAUUAUUUAAGUAGAAAUUGUUAUGUAUGCUGUGCUUAUGAUUUACAGUAUGGUAUCACCUAUUACUGAGUAAUCCUAAAUGUCACACAUUGACACCUCUGCUGUGCAGCACACAUCAGUCCUUCUGUCAUGUAUAUCUUCAAAUCAAAAAUAUUUGCACCAUCCAGCAUGAACAGCUAUUAGCAAAAACGUGUAAAUAUAGGCUAAUAUUUAAUGGGUAACUUCAACCGAUGGUUAGAGUAAGUGGUUUUACAUGCACUUUGACAUAGAUGUUCAGUGAACAUCCUGAGUGGAUACUAACAGUUGAGAAGCAACAGCCAUAAAAGGGAGGACGAGGUAUGUUCUACAAUUUUAAAGCCCUAGUCAGGAACUGCUCUUUACCGGCUGGUUAUUUGCAUUACUAUGAAAGGGGUCUCCAAACGGCAGUGAUGGGCAGUAGCUUAAUCUUCUGGAAAUAUGCUCGGAUACUAGUUGAUAAGUAGCCAUUAAGUGACCUCUCUGCUGUUUGGCUUGGCUUGUACUAGUUCAAGCAGUGAUCAGCCUUUUUCCUUAAGGGAAUCUGUUUGGUCUUUUUCUUGGCUAAUGCAAAAUUAAGUAUCACUGUUUACUCUCUUGUCACAAGGAAUACUUUCAUAUCAACGGGAAUUUUGCUGUCAGUAUGUCUUAAGUAACUUGGUGCUUCCUCAUGUCUGAACCCCUGAGUUUACAUUCAUUAAUACACAAGCAUCUUUAUUUUGUUUCUUGGUGAUCUGGAUAAACUGAUCCUGCCACCUUGUUGGCAAAUUGCAUUUAUUAACAAUGCAUAUGUCAGCAAUUUAUUGCUCAGUGCUAAUAGCCUGGUUAGGAUUAGGGUGUAACAAUUCCUGAUUUGGGCUUCAAAUGACCAUUCAAUAUGUAGCAUUACUUUUUACAUUUCAUGGGUUUUUCUUUUAGACAGUAUAGACGUUUGACUACUAUUUUUGGAAUGAAGCCUUCAAGUUUGAAUCAUGUUGGGUAAACCUCACUUUAUAGUGCUGUCUGUGCAAUAGGUGAUUCAUACAGUUGUCCUUUUGCAGUGUGUCUGGGUAUGAAGUAGAUAAAUCUAAUGUGUUUAUGCAUCAUAUCAGUUUCCACACUGUCAUGGCACAUAAUAGUAAAUGUCAAAAAUAACUGAA